UAGAAAGCAACACUAAAGAGACAAUCAUGGAAAUCCUGCUAGAAAAUGGUAGAUACAAUCGUUUUAGGUCUCUGUUGGAGAAAUCUAACCUGGGUCCUGACUUAGAGAAGAAUGGGCCUUAUACUGUGUUUGUUCCCAACAACGAUGCACUUUCUGGAAUGGAGAAUGGGACUCUGGAAUACCUGCUGUCAAAAGAGGGGUCUUGGAAACUUUUAGAACUUAUGAGAUACCACAUUGUCUCAUCUGCUGAGCUGGAUGUUGCGAAUAUCAUAUCAUCCACUCAGAUUAUGAGUAUGGCAAACCAA